AUGUCGCUCGCCGAGGCUAGUGCGCCACAUGACAAGGACUGGCGGCAGGAUGGAGGCAACCCAUCGGACACUGAGGAUCAAGAUGGGGGUAAUCUUCGGCAAUCCGAAGCGGCAAAUCAUGUCGAGACUCUUGAGGUGGGGUGGGCAGCAAAAGAAAAGCAAAUAAAUUACUACAUGGCUCAAGGACGAGCACUCAGACGGGUUGUCGCUCUGUUCGACAAUGUUGAGGACCUCGUCGCCGAAAAUGACAGAAGAUAUGACGACGAGCAGCAGGACCAGGACGCCACUCUAGAACAGGAUCAAUUGCAAGUAGGGUAUGUCGUCCUGAUGCAAACCUUACCGUGGUUUCAUAAGAAGGGCUGUGAGUUGGAGUACGAUGACUACUUGCACAUGAUAAAAAUGCUUCGGCAAGGCGCUGACAGUGCUCGAGGCAACGACACCUCCAAGCUCAAGACUCUUGUUUCCGAAUGGCUCAAUCGUGACUUCAAGCCUGAUCCACCAGUCGACCCCGAGGAUAAACAUUCUCGUGGAUUUACUCACAAUGUGUGCAGCAUGUUGCUCUGUCCGGCCGAAUUAGAUUGGAAUGACCCAGUGGUAAGGGCAGGAAUUCGAGAUCGUUCGGAGGGUUAUGUUGUCACAGAUCUCUCUUUUCCGACUUUCUUGUAUGAUAAAUAUGCCGCCAACCCACAUGAUCUAGAGGAAGGCCUGUUUAAGGGCAAAAUUCUUCUUCAGGGGUACAAAGCUGUAUUCACAUCGCCCUCAUCAGCAAGGGAUGUCGAAGGUGACGGCGAUGGUACUGAUGUCAUCCGAAACAAUACACGUGCUAAGAAGUCUUCCUCUGGAGUCAAGGUCAAGAAACAUGUAGCAGAAAUCAUCAAGAUGAAAAAAGUGACACCUCAUUCAAUUGCAUACAUUGCAUGUCAAGUGCGAUUCACAAUUUCUUCUAUUACGUCUUGGAGGUCUGUUGAUGGGGACUUCGAUUAUGUACAAUUCUGGCAAACCAUCAUGGACUUCUUUGAACGGCCUCCUGGUCACAAAGCCCACUGCAGGGUUGACAGGCUCCUUCAAUGGUGGACUAGGAAAGUUUUUGGAAGGAAUCACCGCAAUGAGCUUAGUGAUAUGGCAAGGGCUAGCAUGUCAGUGAAUGCUCUAGCAAGACAGAGGGCGCAAUGCGACGAUGCCGCUUUUGAUUCACCUUAG